CUAAACAAGCCCCCUCCUUUUUCUCUCUCCUCCCGGAAGGAGCAUACCACCUCCAACUUCCCACCCACAUGGAGGCUCCACCACCUGCACCGCCACUCACCGGCGCGUCGGUCCACCUCAACUACGCUGACUCAGUUGAGUCGUCCCCACGUUCCCGAAACAAUGAUUCCUUUGACGAUUCACUCACCCCAGCCGUCUCUGGCGGCGGUGCUAAGCUCCGCCUGAUGUGCAGCUACGGCGGCCACAUAGUCCCCCGCCCGCACGACAAGUCAUUGUGCUACGUCGGCGGCGAUACCCGGAUUGUCGUCGCCGAGCGUCAAACAACCCUCUCCGACCUUACCAACCGUCUCUCCAAAACCCUCCUCAGUGGCCAAUCGUUCACGCUCAAGUACCAGCUUCCAAACGAAGACCUCGAUUCCUUAAUCUCCGUCACCACCGACGAAGACCUCGAAAACAUGAUCGAAGAAUUCGACCGGCUCACCACCACGGCGGGCGCCGCCGUUCAAAAGUCGUCUCGCCUCCGUCUCUUUCUGUUCCCGUCGAAACCCGAGUCGGCCGCCUCAAUUGGGUCUCUGCUCGAGAACUCUACGAAAUCAGAGGAUUGGUUCCUCGACGCUCUCAACGGCGCGAAUAGAGGGCUUUCUGAUUCGGUGUCGGUGAAUUGCUUACUGGGACUCGACGACGAUGUCGCGAUCACCGGGAAUGUGAAUUCCAAAGACGUGGAGGCGCAGAUUGAAUCGUUUGGGAAUGCUAAAGGGGUUAGUGGCAGCAACAACAGCAACAGCAACAAGCAGGGUUUUCAGGAUGUUCAUUCGGUGCCUGAUUCGCCGAUGCUGGAGACGACGUCGUCGUUCGGGUCAACUUCGUCAUCUCCGUCGCUCGCGAACUUGCCGCCGAUUCGGGUUCACGUGGAGGAUCCCAGGGUGGCGAUGAUGGGCGGAAUUGAGGAACAGUUCUCGCAGAUGAGUGCUGGGGCUGCUGUGCAGAAGCAAGAUGAUGGAGGGUUUAUGGUUCUGUCUUCACCACCUACUGCUUUGACUACUGUUGCGGUGGCAACGACGGUGUCCGGCGUGCCAGCAGGUGUUUCCGGUGAGUAUUCCAAUCGGCUCAUCUCUGAUGAUGAAAGAUCAGAGCAGAGGAUGUCCGCAGCGUAUCGAAAACCACCACAACCACAGCCACAGCCAAAACAAAGUGGUGGUCCUGAUUUAACUUCCCCAGAUUCAGUUUCAAGUGAUGGUAGUAUAACAAACCCAUUGUCUCGACAAAGACCAAUGAUUUAUCAAGAUCCUAUGGUUCAAAUCUCUUCUGGAAAUAACAGAGUUCUUGUUAAACCUGUUGAUUCAUCUGAUCCAAACUCAAAUUCUGGGUUUGUACUACAAACCCAAUUUGAUCAACAACAACAACAGCAAUUCAAUCAACAACAGCAACAAUUGAAUCAACAUCAACAGCAACAAUUGAAUCAACAACAACAGCAAUUGAAUCAACAACAGCAAUUGAAUCAGCAACAGCAACAGUCAUUCAUUCAGGCCAAUGCACAAUACAUCCAACAUCACUCCACUGGUGUCCCAUCUUACUACCCUAUAUACCCAUCCCAGCAACAGAACCCCCAAAUGCACCCCCACCAUGGACUUGAUCAGCAGUACCCAGUGUACUACAUGGCCGCUCGGCCAACCCAAGCUUAUAACUUGUCUGUUCAGCAAUCGGAUUAUAGCGAAGCUGCCGCUCCUGUCCCUUCUAAUCGGCCCCAAAAGCCUCCUCCUCCAACCAUGAUCCCGAACUCGGGCACUUACAAUCCUGCAAGAAAUGCUGUUGGUGCUGCUAAACCCGAAAUAGUUGCAGGUCUGUACAGAACAGCAGCCUCAUCAGGACAACAGUUUAUGCAAGUGCCUUCUAGUCAGCAUCAGCAUCAGGCACAGUAUAUUGGGUUCUCUCAGAUGCAUCAUCCAUCUCAGUCGAUGGCCCCUACUUCGGCUGGUGGUGGUAAUUAUGCUUAUGAAUUUGCUGAUCCCACACAUGCCCAAGUAUACUAUUCUCGGGCUAUGGCACCUCAAAUGGCUGCUCAACACCAAACCAUGACGUCGGAUGCUCAGCUCCCUACGGACAACAUCAAGCAGCAGAUCAGGACUUCACAGCCAUAAACCGGUGAGUUGGGUGUAAAGAAUCAAGAAACAAUUUUGCAGCCAUGGAUGUGGUUUACCUAUAAAAUUUUCUAUUAUAAUGCCUUCCUUUUUUUUGAUAUUGGUUUGUGGUAUGUAUUUCUGAUAGUAAUAAGAAACUCGGUCUUCUUUUUCCCCUUUGUAUGUUAUAUUAUUGAUGUUACUACUGUCAAUGAACAUGAAAGUGAUCUGAGAUCAUAUUGUAUAAAAUUCAAACUCAUAUUGUGAUCUGUGUAUGUUCAGCUCGUAUGUCAAUUAUUUAAUAAAUGUACUAUAAGUAGCAAGAGCUUUGAGUUA